AUGUCAUCUCUCGUCUCCGAAUUCAUCAUCAACCCUGUACUGCGCCACGCACGACGAUUUUCGGAGAUAUCUCUGUCGGCCUUCACCGCCGAAGACGAGUCUGCAGAGUCCGCCGAACCUGCAGAGCCCGCAGCCACCGCACCUGCUCCGCAGGAGGCGACCCCUGACGCCAUCGCCACCCCCCCCCAGACACCCCGCUCCAGACCCCUCAGCACGUCGACGGACGAGACGAGAGUUGGGGACCUCGGGGCCAGCCCGUCGAUAGAAGAUGCUCCUCUAGAUCAUCUUGGCUUUCCCUUGGUCCCCAAGAAGGCCCGUGCGGCCAUUCCCGAGGAUGACGGCAUGCAUGAGCUCAGAGCGCGGAUCCAGGCCAUCAACGCCCGAGAUAUCCCCCACUCCGACAAGGCCAGGCUGAUGCACGACAUCCUGCUGGAAAAGUACCGCGCCUCUCAGGUCGGCUUCCACAGCAAAGCGACGCCCGAACGAAGCGAGCCGACGGGGCAGGCGUACGAGCAUCUUGCUUCCUCGGGGCCGCUGGAGUCGCUCAAGUUCUGGAACGGGCAGCUGGGCGACUCUGCCUCUCGAAAGUAUUUCUUGACCGAGGCCGACAUGGCGCCGACGUAUGCGCCGAUCCGCCAGCCCAAGACGCCGGGAAACGAGACGCCGACGACGGCGCCCUCGACACCGCCCGACGUCCGUCGUCCGCUUGGAUGCCAGCAUUACGAGCGCAACGUGAAGCUGCAAUGUUCCAUCUGCAGCAAGUGGUAUACCUGCCGCUUCUGCCACGAUGCUCACGAGGACCACAACUUGAUUCGCAAGGAUACGAAAAACAUGCUCUGCAUGCUCUGCGCAACCCCUCAGCCGGCGUCGGAUGUCUGCGUGAGCUGCGGCGAGAUUGCCGCCCUCUACUACUGCCACAUUUGCAAGCUGUGGGAGAAUCGACCGAGCAAGCCCAUCUAUCACUGCAACGAUUGCGGCAUCUGUCGCAGGGGCUGGGGUCUUGGCAAGGACUUCUUCCACUGCAAGACGUGCCGUGCUUGCAUCACAACGUCGAUCGAAAGCUCCCACAAAUGCAUCGAGCGCUCGACGGACUGUGACUGUCCAAUCUGCGGCGAGUACAUGUUUACGUCGCCGAGACCCGUCGUCUUCAUGCCUUGCGGUCACAGCAUCCAUAAGAAAUGCUACGAGCAACACAUGAGGGUGUCGUACAAAUGUCCCAUCUGCAACAAAAGCCUGGCCAACAUGGAGACGCAGUUCCGCAACUUGGACGUGGCCAUCCAAAGUCAACCCAUGCCCCCGGAGUUUCGAGACACGAAAGCGACCGUUUUAUGCAACGACUGCUCCGGGAAGUGCACCGUUCCCUAUCACUGGUUAGGACUCAAAUGCUCGAUCUGCCGGUCCUACAAUACCGUAGAGCUUCAGAUACAUGGCGAAGACAGCCAAGAGUUCCCCUCGGCUUCCGGGACAUCGGCUUCGGCAGCUGCCGCCGCGCCGCAGCUGCCGCACGAUUCUACGCGGCAGGUUAUGAAUGUCGCAGAUGCCCGCGCGGUGGCUUGGGUCGCCAGCAGACGACGGCACUCGUCGCACGGCGUCGAGUUUCAGCACCACGUCCCGGACAGGACCGCCCGCUCCAUGUCGCCUCUGACCUCGAGCAUGGAGCCGUACUUGAAUUCCGUUCCUGCCGAUGUGGACUCGGACGACGAUAUUUUCGGCUUCUGGAGAGGCAACGUGGAGGAAGAAGAGGAUGACUCGAGCGACGACCGGGAGUCGGACGACGAGAGUGACGGGCUUCCGGAGAUUGAGGACGACGAGGACGACGAUGAAGACGAGAUCGUUCUCAUCGGCCACAGAUGA